AUGCGUGAUCAUACUCGUUUCGCUGGCUUGCACUUCUUCAAUCCCGUACCCGUGAUGAAAUUGGUGGAAGUGGUCAGCACACCGGAGACUUCGAACGAAACUCACCAGAAGCUUGUCGAUUUCUGCAAAUCAUUGGGGAAGCAACCUGUCUCAUGCAAGGACACACCAGGUUUCAUCGUGAAUCGUCUUCUGGUUCCUUAUUUGCUCGACAGCAUUCGGAUGCUGGAACGAGGAGACGCCACCAAAGAGGACAUCGACGCCGCGCUCCGUUAUGGCACGUCUUGUCCAAUGGGUCCGUUGACAUUAUGCGACUAUGUUGGCCUUGAUACGCUCUCCAACGUGAUGACAGUGUGGCGAGAAUCAAUGCCGGAUGAUACACGUUUCGCUCCAAUUCCUCUUCUGGAUCGACUCGUCCACGAAGGAAAACUCGGCCGAAAGACCAGAGAGGGUUUUUAUAAAUAUUGA